AUGGUUCAUUUGGUGAUUUUAUGCCACGGAAUGUGGGGGAAUAUUUCCCAUUUCACGUACCUUUCGCAGGAAUUGGACAAGCGCGGAAUAGAGGAACUACAUUCGCUCACCAGCGUGCCUCUUAGCUGGUCAGGGUCGCCCCCCAAUGCCAUUUUCUAUCGAGCCCGCUCGAAUACGGGCUAUUUCACCUACGAUGGCAUUGACGUUUGCGGAACUCGCGUCUCCAGCGAAAUUGUCUCUGCCAUUGAUAGCUUGGAAGCCGCAGGAGUCUCGGUCGAUUCUCUCAGCCUUAUGGGGUACUCAAUGGGUGGUUUAAUGGUCCGCUAUGCUGCAGGCGUACUGUAUACACAGGGUCUGUUCGAUAAGGUAGCUCCUGGAACCAUGACGACCAUGUUCACACCUCACCUUGGUGUCAAUGUGCUGGGCGGUCAACUGUCGGCGAAUAUAUUCAAUUUCAUUGGAUCAUACUCCAUGGCCAGAACGUCACGUCAAGUCUUUUUGCGUGAUGCCAACGAGAAAUCAGGAACCCCAUUGUUCGAGCAUAUGCUAGAUCCCAGUACACCGUAUGCCAAGGCUCUGGCGCUGUUCACACGCAAGGUGUUGUAUGCAAACGUAGUCAACGACCGGCGUUGUGAGUACUAUACUGCCGCAGUGGAGAAUGUCGAUCCGUUUCAUGGCCGAGCCAGUCAGAUUUCUGGCGAGUUUGUGCCUGGAUACGCACCAGUGGUGCUGUCUACGGUAAAGGCAGAGUUUAGCGAGCAGACUCCUCCCCCGCCCCAACGGAUUCCAGCCUGGCUCAAUUGGCCCAAACGGGCGCUGGUGAUUUUAUACACUGCUCUACGGGUCGGGUUUAUACUUCCGAUCUGGUUUGUGGCCUUUUUAUUCAAUGUUGGCUACCAAACUACGUUGUCGAGUUUCCGAACUCGGUCAAUGGUGCAGAGGGGUGAGCACGUGCCCAACUACCAAAUUGAGGAUAUGCUGGAAGACGGUGCCGACAGCCUGGUAGAACGCAUGUAUAGUGCUGUUAGCAUGGAUGAGAGACUGGCGUUCAGUUCUGUCCAGCAGCGGAUCUAUGAGUCGUUCAACAAAGUAAAGUGGGAGAAGCACCCCGUCCAUAUUUCUUUGGACAAGCACGCCCACGCGGCAGCAAUUGUCCGCUUUGCCAACAAGUCUUCGUUCCGCGAGGGCAAGCUAGUCAUCAAGCACUGGAUUGACGAGGUACUGGUACCUGGCCUGUGUCCAGUGUGA